AGCAGAGAGCAGCAUCGGAUCAUCCCCCAGUUACUGCUGCUGGUACCCAGACAGAUCCACUGCACGCAUUGCACUGCAAGGAUUGUGUGACCAAUGCCAUGCGGCAUGUCCUGGACGAAAAGGCGGCGGAAAUUGCGGAGAUGAGGACCAAUCUCCUCCUCCACCAAGCACCCUCUCCGACCCCAGCACCCGUCAGCAGUAUCCUGAUCAGAACCCCUGACCCCAUCCGCUCUCGCUCGCGAACUCCCUCCGUCAGUUCAAAUGGGCCAGGACCGUCCCGUUCCAGUCACGGUACACCAGUCUGUGCUGUGCAACCACGAUCACGGAUUAAUUCAGCAGCAUCCAGUAUCAGUGCGGACAACUGGGGGCCCGAAUCUGUCAUAGAAGCCAGAGUCCGCAUGGCUGCUGAGAGGAAAAAAAAGGCCUCUCAAAAGAAGCUCACUGCGACUGAGAUUUUCCGACAGCGUUGGGGAGGUUCAGUUUAACUAUAAAACUUGUAAAUACACUGAAUUUAUUAUUAAUUUUUGAAAAAUUAUGUGAUGUUUGUUCCGUGAUACUAACUUUUUUUUGUGAC